CUUCUCAACCUUCGCCCUUUCUAUAAAACCUCUUUUCUCUCCUCUCUCAAUUCUCUCCGCCCCUUCCCCAGCCACCGCCCACGGCGGAACCACCACUCCUCCGUCGUAGAUCCACCGGCCGCAGCCCGGAUUUCCAGUUUUUCCCAAUAAUUCCGUCUCGCUAUCUCUAAUCUGCCUAUUGACAUUCCUCACGAAUUUUAAUUAAUCUCUCUGUUUCGUACUUUUCUGUAUUCAGACUGCGGUUUUAUUAUUUAUUUUCUCUUUUUUUUAGUGGAAAAAUGCGCAUUUUAGCCUUAUUUACGCACCAACUGUACUUGUGAUUCCUCAAGUUUUACCUUUUUUUCAUUUUAUUUUUUUAACCGUCUUUUUGGCAGUUUUUAUUUAAUUUAAUUUAACUUUCUAUUUUUUUUUUUAACUCUUUUGUUUUCUGGGGUGAACCGACAUUUCUGCCCUUUUAAGAAUCUUGCUGACGUGGCGUGCUGAAUUUCCUCUUUUCUUUAAUCGAAUAAAACGGACGGUCAGGAUGAGUUAUCAGGCGCGCAGAAUAUUGACGCCUGGGGCGUCACGGAAGCGGAAAGAGAGGGAGGUGUUUUAUCCUUCCACGUCAUCAAAAUCUUUACCUCCUCCAACGGCCGUUAGUCGAGGCGUUAGUGGGGCAUAUCCAGCAACGACGUCGUCAAGGGCAGCCGAGCAGCAGCAGCCGCCGCCUCUCUCAUCUAACCGGCUUUUAGCCGGGUAUAUGGCAUACGAAUUUUUGAGCAAGGGAACGUUGUUUGGACAGAAGUUUGACCCGGCUCGAGCCGAGGCCGUGCCGGUGAACUCAGCGGAUUCUAAGAGGAACAGGCAGAGUCAGAGCCAGGUGCAGCCGAGUGCGGAAGCAGAGCCGAGUAUGAAGUCGAAGCCGCAGAGCUAUGCUGAGGUGGCAAACUUACUGAAGAGCGAUGGAGCGCACAUACCUGGAGUAGUCAACCCCACCCAAUUGGCCAGGUGGAUUCAGAUGUAACUUGGGUAACGUGGAGGAACAUGAUUGGCUAGGGUUUGGAUGUCCCACGUCACGAGACUUGUGUGCGUCCUUAGCUUAUAGAAUUCUCCUCCCUCCCUCCCCAGUUCUCUCAGGUGAUGUGUAUAGCUCAUCUCUCUCUCUCUCUAAACAUCAAAACAGCUCCAAAUUCCAUUUCCUGUUCUUCUCUUAAUCCUUGCUUCAUGAAUGGAAAAUGAAGUGUUCUCUUUUUUGUUUGAAUCCUGAGACAAAUUAUACUUUUAUUUUA